AUGCCUGAUUCUCCUAAAACCAAGGAGGAUAGAAUCCUCCAUGCCUGCCAAGCUGCAAAACGUGUCAAAAAGCCGAAUAUCUCCGCGUUGGCGCGAGAGCACGGCGUUUCCCGAUCACUACUUUCGGCACGGCUUCACGGACGAGGAACUUUGACUAGCCGAAAGCCAACCAAUAAAGCCCUUGAAGAGACCCAGGAGCAGGCUAUUAUUAGGUGGAUUGAUCAACUUGAUGAAUAUGGCAUUUCUCCUACACCAAAGAUGAUCGAGGGUUGUGCAAAUCAGAUUCUUUGUCGAAACACUCCCGAUGAUACUCGCCCUCGACACGUCGGUAAUGCGUGGGUUUAUAGGUUUAUAUCGCGUCUUCCACAGAAAUUCAAGCUCAUUAAGCAAAAGCCAAUCGAAAAAAAACGCCUUACCUCUGAGGAUAUCGGCUUACAAACCGCGUGGUUCGAUCGACUCGAGAUUGUGAUGCGAAAUAUCCCAUCAUGCAACAUCUACAACUUCGACGAAACGGGCUUCCAACUCGGCCAAGGCAAGCCUCAAAAAGUAGUCACAAAAUACCAACAACAUGCGGCAAAGGGCAAUCCAAGCAGUGGUUCACGCGAAUCAGUGACAGCAAUCGAGUGUAUUUGUGCCGACGGCAGCGAUGUUGUUCCACCAUACUUUAUCUUCAGUGGCCGAUAUCAUCUCCAAAAGUGGUACGAAUCCAACGUGCCAGGCGAGUGGAAAAUCAAUCUUUCGAAGACCGGCUAUACAAAUGACGAUAUCGCUUUCAAAUGGCUUCAACACUUUGACAAACACACAAAGUCUCGGGCGCGUGGUCAGCAACGACUUCUACUAUUCGAUGGCCAUGGUUCGCAUCUCACGUACGAAUUUAUCGCGUAUUGCCACGAUAACAAGAUCACUCCUUUUUGUUUCCUUCCAAAAACAACCCACUUCAUCCAGCCACUCGACGGCCAAGCAUUUCAGACAUAUAAAUUUCACUACAAAACCAACAAUAAUCGUAUCGCGCAGUGGGGUGGCUCGACAACCGAUAAAGCCGACUUUCUCGAACAAAUUCCAGAAGCUCGUGAUAAAGCAUCUCAGCAAAGAAUCAUCCGAGAGUCUUUUACGAAGCGUGGCAUAUACCCUUUACGGCCACAAAUCAUCCUCGAUCAACUUAAUGCCGACCGCGAACCGACUCCAGAUCUUCAGAUAUUCGACGGCGAAACACCCCCACCAGCAUCUAGUUCAAAUAAUUCGCCACCAAAAACGAUUCGGAAGUUAAGGCGAAGCAUCAGCAAAGCCGAGAACUUUAUACAGAAAAGCCCCGGGCUCAAUGAAAGCUUCGUAAAACGCCUCGAUCGCGUCUUCAAAAGCUCGCUCGAAACCUUCGAGUUAGCCACCCAGCUUAAUGCCGAUUAUCACAACCGUCUUAUCCCGGCGACUUCUAAGAAAAACAAGAGUCGAAAGACGGUCCCUAAGGUAUUCGGCGAAGUCAAUGUGAAGGAUACAAAACGCCAUAUUGCUAUCGACAAAGAACGUGAAGCGAAGCGGGCUGAAGAUCGAGCUCGGAAGCAGCAGAUUCCUUUAGGGGCUAAAACUCCACGCAAAAGCCCUGAGCAGCCAAAUAUGCCUACAAAAGAAAGCGUGAGGCCGCAAAUAUCCUAUCCGGGUGUUGUUACGUUAGAUGAACCAGUAUAUUUCCCUAUAUAG